CGUUUAUUUCGGGGUGAAUGGUUAGCAACACGUGCGCGCAAUAUUUUAUUUGAGAAUUCUGUUUUUAACCAUUAAAGUGUAUUAAAAAGCAUACAUAGUUAGCAAUAUGUCUAUUCGGGAGAAGCUGCUGAUGAAGAAGAUCGUUAAGCGGGAGAAGAUGAAGAAGGAGCUCUCGCAGAAGAAGGGAAACAAGAAGGCCCAAAAGCAGGAGCCACCCAAACAAAAUGGCAAUAAACCCAGUAAAAAACCCGAGAAACUCAGUAAAAAGCAUGUGGCCGAGGAUGAGGAUGACGACUUAGAGGAGGAUUUCCAGGAGGCGCCGCUGCCCAAGAAGAAGCAACAAAAACAGCCUUCAAAAAAGCAACAAAUUCAGGUGGCCAACUCGGAUUCGGAAUCCGAUGACGAUGAGCAGGAGGAUGAGGCAGAUGAGGAUAGCGAUGUGGACGAAGUAGCCGAAGUUGAUGAGGACGAUGUGGAAAGCGGGAGUGAAGACGAUGACCAGCAGGAAGAUGAAGAUGAAGAAGAGCCUGUGCCAGCCAAGAAAACGAAGUUGCUUCCCAACAAGUCCAAGGCACAGACUGGCAAACCAGCUAAAGACGACGAGCCCUUUACCGUGGAAUCCUCUCUGGCUGCUCUGGAUUACCGAGAUUCGGAUGAUCGCAGCUUUGCCUCCCUAAAGGGCGCCGUGUCCGAGGCCACAUUGCGAGCCAUUAAGGAGAUGGGUUUUACCGAGAUGACUGAAAUUCAGGCGAAAUCACUGACACCCCUACUAAAGGGACGCGAUCUGGUGGGUGCUGCCCAGACGGGUUCCGGCAAAACCCUGGCCUUCCUGAUACCCGCCGUCGAGCUGAUAAACAAGCUGAGAUUUAUGCCACGCAAUGGUACCGGCGUGAUCAUCAUCUCACCUACCCGAGAGCUGUCCAUGCAGACUUUCGGUGUGCUUAAAGAACUGAUGGCACACCACCAUCACACUUAUGGCUUGGUGAUGGGCGGCUCUAAUCGGCAGGUGGAGAGCGAGAAGUUGGGCAAGGGCAUCAACAUCCUGGUGGCCACACCGGGUCGUCUGCUGGAUCAUUUACAAAACUCGCCCGACUUUCUGUACAAGAACCUUCAGUGCCUGAUUAUCGAUGAAGUGGAUCGGAUUCUGGAGAUCGGUUUUGAGGAGGAGCUUAAGCAAAUUAUUAAUCUGCUGCCAAAACGCCGCCAGACGAUGCUCUUCUCGGCCACACAGACGGCUCGCAUCGAAGCGCUUUCCAAGCUGGCCCUUAAGUCGGAGCCAAUUUAUGUGGGGGUUCACGAUAACCAGGACACGGCGACCGUAGAUGGACUCGAGCAGGGGUACAUUGUGUGCCCCUCGGAGAAGCGACUGCUCGUGCUCUUCACGUUCCUCAAAAAGAAUCGCAAGAAGAAGGUGAUGGUGUUCUUCUCGUCCUGCAUGUCCGUCAAGUACCACCACGAGCUCUUCAACUACAUUGAUCUGCCAGUGACCUCCAUCCACGGUAAACAGAAGCAAACGAAACGAACGACCACCUUUUUCCAGUUCUGCAACGCGGAAUCUGGAAUUCUGUUAUGUACGGAUGUGGCUGCUCGUGGAUUGGACAUUCCGCAAGUCGAUUGGAUUGUGCAGUACGAUCCUCCAGAUGAUCCACGCGAGUAUAUUCACAGGGUUGGCCGAACGGCCAGAGGAUCGGGCACCUCGGGUCACGCCCUUCUUCUGAUGCGACCGGAGGAGCUGGGCUUCCUGCGCUACCUUAAGGCCGCCAAGGUGCCGCUCAACGAGUUCGAGUUCUCCUGGCAGAAGAUAGCUGAUAUUCAACUGCAGCUGGAGAAACUGAUCGCCAAGAACUAUUUCCUAAACCAGUCGGCCAAGGAAGCCUUUAAGUCGUAUGUGCGCGCGUACGACUCGCAUCAGUUAAAGCAGAUCUUCAAUGUGAACACGCUGGACCUGCAGGCGGUUGCGAAAAGCUUUGGAUUCCUGGUGCCACCCGUGGUUGACCUGAAGGUGGGCGCGGCCAAGCGGGAGCGACCGGAAAAGCGAGUGGGCGGCGGCGGUUUCGGGUUCUACAAGAAAAUGAACGAGGGAUCGGCCUCCAAGCAGCGGCACUUCAAGCAGGUCAACCGCGACCAGGCCAAGAAGUUUAUGCGUUAGUUUUUUAGAUUUAGGCAGAGAUAUACCGUUGCAUAUUGUAAAUCAGCUGCUUUACUUGAGUGUGUGUAUACAAAUAGGCAAAAGAUAUAAAACUAAAUGUUUCCAAUUCA